GAACUGUAUCUGUAACCUGUAUUCGACGAGUGACAUUUUAAGCCCUGAACUUUUAUUAACGUGUGAAGCACUCUUACAAUUUGUUGAAUUGUAUUUUAGCUUUUUGGACCUUACAAAAGAAAGUGAGGUUUGCUUUGGUAUAUUUCAAUAACCACCAGACUUGUCUAAUGGUACGAUUGAUUUUGGAAGAGAAAGCAUCUAAUCCUAAAAAGCAAUCUAAAAGGCAAAAGAAAAUGGCGGCCAAUAAAGAAAAAACGUGCCCCUUGUGUUUAGAGCCUUUAGAUUUAGAAGAUAUCAAUUUCUAUCCCUGUAAAUGUGGAUAUCAGGUAUGUCGUUUCUGCUGGCACAGAAUUAGAGAAACGGAAAAUUGCUUAUGUCCCCAAUGUCGGAGGCAAUAUCCUGAACAUCCUGUUACAUUUAAACCUCUAACACAAGAGCAAAUGACACAAUUAAAAAAUGAAAAGAAAAUGAAAGAAAUUCAGAAAAAGAAAGAGAUUGCUGAAAAUAGAAAGCAGUUAGCCAAUAUUAGGAUUGUCCAAAAAAAUUUAGUAUAUGUUCAUGGACUGCCUCAAGAAGUGGAGACAGAUGAAGAACUGUCUCGUAAAGUGCAACAAAUUUUCAGAGAAUUUGGUGCUGUAAUAAAGUGCGUGAUAAACACCAAAACAAAUUACGUGGGUUCACAAAUACCACGUGCAUCAGCAUAUGUAACAUAUCAAAAAAUGGAAGAUGCCUUAAGAGCAUACAAGAAAUUACCAAGUUUUAGAAUAGAAGGGCAUGAAAUAAAAACAUCGUUAGGAACAACAAAAUACUGUAGCAAUUUCUUAAAAAAUGUACAUUGUCCUAAAGCAGAUUGUAUGUAUUUACAUGAAAUGGCUGAUGAGGAGCUGUGUUUCACAAAGGAGCAAAUUCAGACUGGUCAGCACAUAAAUGUUGGUAGCAUAUUGUAUGAUAGAAUGAUAGCUCAAUCUAUACAAAGAGCGAACCAACAUAACCAAAUUAAAGAGCCAGUAAUAGAAGAACAUAAUGUUGAACAAUCUGAGAAUGCAAAUUCUGAAAAAGUCAAUUCAAAAGAAGAAUCUAGUGAAAGUGACAUAAGUGAACCAAGUCAUUCGCCCCAACAAUCCAGGUUUCAACAUAUUUUUACAAACAGUGAAAGUCAAAAUUCCAUUUAUGGAUCUGGUUUCGAAAAUCGCUUCGGUGUCCAGAUGAAUUCCCAGGCUUCUGAUGAAAGUUUGAGAAAUUCUGUCUCUGUAAGAGAGGAUCUGACUCCAAAGAGCUUAUUAUCAGAGCCAUCUGUAAAUAACUCCACUAUUAUUAACACCAAGAACCACCAAAUUUUACCAUCGGACACUCGACAGCAUUUUAGUGUAGAAAUUCAACAAGGAAUAAGUUCACAGUCUAAUCAUAUUCAUAAAUCAUUUUCAUCAAGUGAUAUAGAUGUUCUAAAUUCGAAAAAUUCUGCUAGAUUUCCUACCCUUCCUACACCUUUUAGUAGUAAUGGAACUAGCAGUUCUUUAACUGAAAUGGUAGAAGAUUUAAAAUUAGACGAUGAUCUAGGUUUUGAUCCUUGUCAGCUAUCAUUGGAUGCAUUGCAAAAAAUCACGGCUGAGGAGAAAAAUCCUCAUAAUCAUGUACCUUCAAGAAAUAUCUAUACCUCUACCGUGAAGCAGCCAACUCCAUAUAAUAGUUUCGUGAUGCAAACACUGAAAAACUUGCAACAACCACAAAAUUUCAUGCCAAGAGUUAGAAAUCCUCCACCACCAGGUUUUGCUGCUAAUGCUUUUUCAUCCUCUCAGCAACCAUUGGCCUCUCCUGGUUAUGAGCCUAGAAAUGUAACCUCUAAUAGGAUGUCACCUGUGAUCAAUCUGUCAAAUUUCAAUAGUAUUAUAAGACCAAAUUUCCCCUUUCAAAGAUAUCAGUCUAUGAGUAAUAAUUCUGUGGCAAAUGGUUUCACACCUCAACAAAUUAGAACAGUUCCCCCUGCUCAAACAUUCCACGAUUUUCCUUCAAGAUCUGUACCUACUUCUCAACAUAUGCCAAGUCAGAGACUGGAGAAUAUGCCUAUUCUGCCACAACAGCACUUUACUUCACAAGAACAAAAUUUAUCCCCAUCAUUCAUGAAUAUGAAUCAGCAGACCCAAUGGAUGCCAACUUACGAAAAUUUCCAAAGUCCAAAUUUAUCCAAGUAUAGACCAGCAAGUCCUCAGAAUUUUCCAGUUGCUCAGCAAUUCAGACCAGAAGAGAUUCAAAGGUUACAAUACCCGAGACUCAAUUUAUCACCUUUCACAGAUAACUCUCAGUAUGGGUUUUCAGCCAAUCAGAACCAGAUAAAAGGAGUCAACACGUUCCCUUGAGAUUCCUCUUAGAGGACUUUUUUUUUCUUCUCCCGAGAUUCAUACGGUUGUAUUUGUGUAAUUGGUGUGUACAGUGAAUCCUCCCUUGAAUUUCACUACUUUAUUUUACUAUGUGUUCUAAUUUAACAAUGCGUUUUGAAAUACUGAAAAGAAUUUAUGUCAUAGUGAAUAAUUUUGUUAAAUAAAACAUAUUUUAAGCAUUUCCA